AUCAGGAUCCGGCCCUGACUGACUGCUCUGAGAUCUGGCAGUUGAAUGAAUCUACUGUGACUUCAACCAAUCCUCAUUCCCUGACCACCGCCCCCUCCCUCCCCGACCCGUCCCUGUCCCAUUCUCCGCCCGCUCCGACCCCGACACAACCCCCGUUUCCAUCUCAACCAACACACAAACACAAGACUUCCGUUUCGUCCAACAUGGGUGACUACUACCGCUCUGGCUCCGCCUACGCCGAAUCCGAAGGCGAUCAUGGAGCGUACGACAAUGCGGCCGACCACAAACGCAAGCUCGAUGAGGAGCCCGCGGAAUCCUCGUAUACGACUGACCGGCCCAUCUCGAAGCGCAAGCGUCUCGAAGAACGACACCAGAAGAACCGGAAACGCGGCCAGGCUCCCCCGUCAGCUUAUUCGCGACGAGACGGCGAUGAAGGCUCUAGUCGACCCGCGCCGCAAGCCCGUUCUCCGUCGCCGGAUCUGCCUCCUCGAUCACCUUCCCCGGAAUCUCAGGGGCGUCAGCGCAAGAGACCGGGCGGUGGUGCUCGACGGGGUCUGGUGGAUCGAGAGACGCUACGACGGAGACAGGAGCAGCGGGAGCGCGCACAGGAAGAGGACGCUAUUCGAAACUCGCAGAGCCGGGGGAUGACGGAUAUUGUUCGACAGCAUUACAACGCAGUCCCGCAGCGUGGCCGGGAGUGGCGCAAGACGGAGAGUAAGAUCAAGGGUUUGCGCAGCUUCAAUAACUGGGUUAAGAGUACCUUGAUCCAGAAGUUUUCGCCGGAUGAGGAGUUUGUUACGCGAUCGAUUGGCACUAAGGACUGGGCUGAUGGCACUGGGCCCCCGCCGAUGGAGGAGAGGCGGCUGCUGGUGAUUGACCUGGGAUGCGGCAAGGGAGGUGAUCUGGGCAAAUGGCAGCUGGCGCCGCAGCCGGUGGAUCUUUACGUGGGACUUGAUCCAGCGGAGGUGUCGGUCAUCCAGGCGCGUGAGCGGUACGCGGGAAUGCGCUCGGGUCGAGGCCCAAGAGGCCGUCGGGGUCCUCCUUUGUUCCAUGGAGAGUUCCGGGCCAAGGAUUGCUUUGGAGAGUGGCUGGGGGAUGUUGACAUUGUUCAACAGGUGGGAAUUGACUCUAAUGCCGGUCCUGGAGGGUCUUUGAUGAGCUCGCGAUGGGGCGGCGGUGGGUUCGACGUGGUGACGUCCAUGUUUGCAAUCCACUACGCCUUUGAGAGCGAGGAGAAGGCCCGACAGAUGCUGCGCAACGUGGCAGGGUGUCUACGGAAGGGCGGUCGAUUCCUCGGUGUGUGUCCGAACUCAGAUGUGAUCAGUGCGCGGGUGGCCGAGGUCAAUACCAAGCGCAAGGACCGUGAGGCGACGAAGAAAGAGGAGCCGGAGCCGGAGGACGGUGAGGUGGAAGAAGAAGCGAAGGUAGAAUGGGGGAACUCGAUAUAUCGCGUGCGGUUUCCGGGUGAGACACCAGAGGAUGGCGUGUUUCGGCCGCCAUUUGGGUGGAAGUACAGCUACUUUAUGGAGGAGGCAGUAGGAGAGGUUCCGGAAUAUGUGGUGCCAUGGGAGGCGUUUCGCGCAUUGACGGAGGAGUACAACUUGGAGCUGCAGUACCGCAAGCCGUUCUUGGAGGUGUGGCGGGACGAGAAGGAUGAUGUGGAGCUGGGGCCGUUGAGCGAGCGGAUGGGGGUACGUGAUCGUCAUACGGGCGAGUUGGCGAUGACUCCGGAGGAGCAGGAGGCAGUCAGUUUCUACCAUGCAUUUUGCUUCUAUAAGGUGUAGAUAGGAUACCAGUAACCAGGAUGACAAAAUGCAAGAUGCCGGAUGACCAGGGAUAUGACAUGACAGGAAUGCAGGAUAAACGGAUUAACAUGAGUGACCUGAGGAUAGCAGUAAUAGCCAUAAUAUGAUAGCCAAU